AUGAUGCAAAUACUUGGGACCUUGCUGACCCUGGCAUCUCUGGCAGCUCUGGCCAUUGCACACGAUGGCCCUGAUCUCAACCUCUUUGACUAUGACCAGCGUGGACCUCUCUUGGGGACUUGGUUCGGUAUACCCGGGCAAAAUGCAACGUUCGACUACGUCGUAAUAGGUGGAGGCACCGCCGGGUUGACUAUUGCCAGUCGACUGGUCAAGAGCGGAUAUCUCAGUGUGGCCGUUGUUGAAGCUGGCGGUUUCUAUGAAAUUGACAACGGUGACCUUUCUGUAGUCCCAGAAUACUCGACCUUCUUUUCCGGACCAGAUAGAAGUGAUUUCCAGCCUUUGGUCGAUUGGAAUUUCAUGACCCAACCCCAGGAGAGCCUAGGCAAUCGCACACUUCAUUAUCCGCGUGGGAAAACGCUAGGAGGCACUUCAGGAAGGAACUACAUGUAUUAUCAUCGCCCUACCAUAGGCAGUUUGCAUAAAUGGGCUGAAGAGCUCGGAGACAAGAGCUUUGAGUUUCCCAGCAUGCUCCCCUACUACAAGAAAUCAGUGCAUUUCACUCCUCCGGAUGAAAAGCUUUUCAUCAAUUCGACGAACAUACAAAACCCAGAAGCUUUCAGCUCAACCGGUGGUCCACUAGAAGUCUCGUCUGGUAACUUCGUUGACGGCUUUGGAACUUGGUUUCGCAAAGCACUUAUUGCUCUUGGUCUGAAGCAGACUGAAUUCAAUAGCGGCAAUCUUAUAGGCUCUGGUUACAUGACCCUAACCAUCAAUCCUAUCAAUGCUCAUCGAUCUUCGUCAGAAACCAGCUUCUUGCAAUCGACACUCAACAGUGGCCUAGGCCCUGUGGUGUAUCAUAAGACACUUGCGCAGAAGAUAUUGUUUGAUAAUCAUAGAGUCGCGACUGGCGUCCAGGUUGAAACGGCUGGGACCUUUGGCAUCCCGCCAGUUAACUUCACCCUAAGUGCUCAGAAGGAGGUUAUACUGUCGGCAGGAGCCAUUCAGUCCCCUCACUUACUGAUGGUGUCAGGAAUUGGUCCACACGACCAACUUUUCCGGUUCAACAUCAGCUGCAUCAGCCAUCUACCAGGCGUGGGCCAAAACUUACAAGAUCAUCCCACAGCCGGAACGACGCACCGAGUGGAUGUUCCGACUGUAGCAUCGUUAGCUGACGAUGAUACUCUAGUGGAGUCGAAUGUCAAGCAAUACAUUGUGAAUGCCACCGGUCCACUGUCCAUCCCUGGGCCAGGGUAUUUUGGAUGGGAGAAACUACCCAAGCCCUACCGCUGGCGCCUCUCGAAUGAAUCUAUUCAAGCACUCUCGACCCUGCCAGAUGACUGGCCAGAGACCGUGUAUACCCCCCUUGGUUAUCCACAGCCCAAAAAUGCGAGCGCCGGUCAAAUAUAUGCCACCAUUAGCUUCGUCAACGUUGCACCUUUCUCCCGCGGUAACAUAUCGCUAGCGGGCCCAAACAUGACAACUCCGCCCAUAAUUAACCCUCAAUGGUUAGCGAACACCACGGACAUGGAGAUAAUGGUGGGAGCUUUCAACCGGAGUCGCCAGAUUUGGGCGAAACUGGCCGACCUAGGCGUCGCUGAUCCGGUAGAGUUCACACCGGGAAACAACGUGACGACAUAUGACCAGAUACUUGACUUCAUCCGCAGAUCGUUGACAACUAUCUCACAUGGAUCCUCAACUUGCAAGAUGGGAAGGAAAGAUGACCCAAUGGCAGUCGUGGAUAGCUCCGCACGGGUGUAUGGGGUUCAGAAACUGAGGGUUGUCGAUGCGAGCAGUUUUCCGUUCCUACCUCCAGGGGCUCCUCAGUCAACAGUUUAUGCUUUUGCGGAGAAGAUCGCCGAGGAAAUUCUGUACGGGUUGUGA